AUGGCUGGAGUCAUGGAGCAGAAGAGCGGGCUGGUGCGCAGCAAGCUCAGCGAGGCCAGCAAGAGGAAUGGCCUGAUCAACACCAGAAGCCUCGUGUCUGAGAGCAGGGAUGGCCUGGUGUCCGUGUACCCGGCGCCCCAGUACCAGAGCUGCCGGAUGGUGGGCAACGCGGCACCGGCCACCCCGGACGGCAGCAGGAACAAGCCAGUCCAGCAGCUGCUGGACCCCAACACCCUCCAGCAGUCGGUGGAGUCCCUCUACCGGCCCAACAUCAUCCUCUACUCGGAGGGCAUGCUGCACCCGUGGGGGGACAGCGUGGCGGCCGACUGCUGUGAGACCACCUUCAUCGAGGACCGGUCGCCCGCCAAGGAGAGUCUGGAGUACCCCGACGGCAAGUUCCUCGACCUCUCGCCCGAAGACAUCAAGAUCCACACGCUCUCCUAUGACGUGGAGGAGGAGGGGUUCCAGGAGCUGGAGAGCGACUACUCCAGUGACACAGAGAGCGAGGACAACUUCCUCGUGAUGCCCCCGCGGGACCACCUGGGCCUUAGCGUCUUCUCCAUGCUCUGCUGCUUCUGGCCCCUGGGCAUCGCCGCCUUCUACCUAUCCCACGAGACGAACAAAGCCGUGGCCAAGGGGGACUUUCACCAGGCCAGCACCAGCUCCCGGCGGGCCCUCUUCCUGGCCGUGCUCUCCAUCACCAUCGGGACUGGCAUCUACGUGGGCGUGGCCGUGGCCCUCAUCGCCUACCUCUCCAAGAGCAACCACCUAUGA